AAUGAGAACUAUCUCGACUGCACAAUAACGUAUAAUAGCGAUUGAUCCGUAUUCACUUGAGUGGGGAUGCAUCGCGUGAGCGAGCAUGUGAAGAAGCAGACGGUUCUGUCUUUUAGUUUACAAAUGCGCUGACACUGAUCUUCUUCGUUUCUUCGCGCCUUUAAAAUUCUUGACGAAUGAUAGCCACGAGUACCAUUAGUCCGGCGCUGAAAAUCGGUCUUCAAUGCCUUGGUGUAUGGCCGAAUGUGCCAUAUUCCACCGUUUAUUGGUUUCUUGUUAUGUUGAGCACUUUAAUCGUACAAUAUUUUCAAUAUCUCUAUGUAUUCUCUCACUUUAAGCUUAGCGAGCUUUCAAAUCUCGUGGAUGGUUUAUCUUCGACUUUAGAAAGUAGUUUGAUGUUUAUUAAGGUGGCUAGUCUUUGGAAGCAUCGUCGCAUCCUUCAUCAACUCCUGGCCGCGAUGGAUAAUGAUUGGCGCGAGUGCAACGACGUUCAUCAGCAUUUAAACAUAAUGACAAUUAAAGCCGGUAUAUCGCAUUUUUGUUCCAAUGCUAUGUUCAGUUUUAAUACAUUUGCUUCGGUGCUUUACCUCUUGGGUGAUUACGUGAUUCGUUUCGUAUAUUUAACAAAAGAUUACAAUAACAGUUUGCGGCAAUUUCCUGUCAAGGCACAAUUUCCCUUCGAAACGGAGCAAUCACCCAUCUUCGAGUUGCUUGUCUUAGGCUUAUUUUUACAUGUGAUGUCAGAUUCGUUCACAAUCGCUAUUGUAAACGGAUUGAUCUUUAGUCUGGUGUUUCACAUGAGUGGUCAAAUCGAUAUCAUAUGUCAAAGCUUUAGAACUAUUUCUAAAAGUAUCCAUGACAGAUCUUCCAUAUCUACAUUAGGAACAUUAAUUGAGAGACAUAACAGAGUCGUUUUAUUUUCCGAACAAAUUGGGAAACUUUUCUCUUUUAUCACAUUGAUGCAAAUUGCUGCAAAUACCUUAGUUAUUUGCUGCAUAGGAUUUCUCAUCACAAUUUCCAUUCAUAAUGAAUCCGGUUUCUUCGUAUUAUUAAAAGCUAUUUUAGCUUAUGUUGCCAUAAUGAUAGAGGCCUUUAUUAUUUGCUUUGCUGGAGAAUAUCUUAGCGUUAAGAGUAAAUGUAUCUCCGAUGCAGCAUAUAAAUCAUUAUGGUACGAUUUGCCACCAAGGGAGGGUAAAGCUAUAUCAUUCAUGAUAUUAAGAUCUCAGAAGCGAUUAGUAAUCACAGCAGGAAAAAUCACGAAUCUAUCUCUGGAAACUUUCGCGAAACCAGAUACAUCAUCUUGAUGCAGUUGUAGGGUAUCCAGAUGGAUAAUAAGCUAUCUCGAAUUGCUGUUCGACUAUGCAGAGUACAUAAUUACGAUCGAUUGCCAUUCGAAUGGAGAUGCAUAUCGAGCGUUCGAGAAUGAUUAGGUAAUUUCGAUGUAUUAUGUAAAGUAGCUUAGAUGAAGAUGCCGAUAAUGAUUUUCAUACUCUCGUGUACCAGGAAAUUAUUAACGUAAUUUUGUCAGUUGUCUAUUCUCUUAUCUCUGUAUCUAGCCUAUCUCAUGUCUUUAAAUUUCAAAUUGUCAUUGAAUAAUAAUCACGAAUACCAGUUCAAAUUUAUCGUUCAAAGUUUACAUUUCUCGAUUGAACUUGUUGACUUAUUGAUCACUUAUUGACUUAUUUAUUUUCUUUAA